AUGGCAGUGAAUAGGGGAGUGACAGUCUUUGUCCUGCUGCUGUACUGCUGUCACAGAGCUGAGCAGCUGGCUCACAACUUUUCAGAUCCAGUUACUGCAAAGCCAUCCAAUUCAAAAAUUCUGGAGGAUAUGUCUGGACUAUUUGAUGAAAUUCUAGUCCAAGAGAUUUUGGAUCCACAUAAAUCAACAUUACUUGAAACACAAAGACCACUGGAAAAAUCAAUGAAGAAUACAAAGAAAAAAACCCAUAUGAAAAUGAAUAAUCAAGCUGGGCAUGAUAAGCCUCAUGGACAGAAAUUCUCUUCCGGGAAUGAAGACAGACUUUUUCUUAAUGAAGAGGAGAAAGAAAUGUUAUAUCAGAUUAAAAGCCUAACAAGUCUGGAAAAAAUCAUUGACAGUCUUCAAAGAACUUUAGUAAACAAUCUCAAGCAAAGAAGAAAGAAAUAUAAAAGUUUGUUCAAAGCAUCCAAACACCACAGGCUGAAAGAAAACCUAAACUGA